AUGACUACUAAGGGAACGUCGUUGUGGCGCAUGGCGGGUGUGUCAUACUUGCAAUAUGUAAACCAGUCAGCUAACGUGGUGCGCACAGCUCUUAAGGAACCAAUCAAAAGCACAGUGCAGACAAGAUCACACGUCGGGUUUGCCGGCUUCAAGUGGGCCAAUGGCGAGCGUGGCGAGCGUGUGAACGUGGACUCAAUCAAGACGAUUGCUGAGGCUUUCAAGAAGGCGUAA